GAGACAGAGAGAGAACACUCACUGCAAAGAGCAGCAAAGAGAGAUAGAAAAGGAGAGAAAGAGAAAGAUGGAGACGACAGAGGGACAAACGCAGAGGGAGAGAGAUAGAGCGGGAGAGAAAAAGAGAUAGUGGAGGAAUUGAAGAAGCUUUCAAUACCACAGAAGGGAAAACGAUGUCUGAGAGAUUUUACAUCCUUUCAUGCUCUGCAGCUCUUGAGAGGUAUAUACUCAGGUGCGUGUACGGUGUGAUCCAAGGUUGAAUUGGGGCAACAGAUCAAGAACUGUCAUCAAGGUAUAGAAGAAUUGUGAGAAGAGUGAAAUAGAGAUCACUUGGGUGUGGCUGGCUAAGUUGUUAAAAAGAAGGCAAAGAUAGAGAGCGAGAGAGAGAGAGAGAGAGAGAGAGAGAUGAUACUGAUAUGGGCAUAGCAACACCACCGCUCCUACCGAUCUCCUCCCACACCAAGGCUCACCACCAUCACUCAAUCGCAAUCUCCAACCCCGCCAAGUCUAUGUCCCAAGACUAUCACCACCCCAGCAUCUUCGCCUUCCCGAAUAACGGCUUCGAGCGACCCGAUGUUGCCGCUGCCUCCGCUGCCACAGACCAAGAGCAGCAGCACCAUGUAGCCCAGCAGAUCUGCCGCGACAAGCUUCGAGUGCAAGGCUUCAACCCGCCUCCUCCACCACAACUGGUUGGCAUGGAGGAGGAACCAGGUGGGCUGCCUGCGUACGAGACUGCCGGGAUGCUAUCCGAGAUGUUCAAUUUCCCUCCCGGCGGCGCAGCAGCAGCCGAAUUGCUGGAGCAGCCGAUGGCGUCAGGCUAUCGGGGGGCCCGGCCAUCGCUGCCGACCGGUGAGUGGUACGGCUCGAAAAACCCAGGCGUAUAUAGCCGAGGAGAGAGCAAUAUGUCACAGCAACAUCACCAUGCUCACCAUCAUCAUCAGCAACAGCAGCAGAAUCAGAUUUCGAACAUGAAUGCGGAAUCAGCAGCAGCCAUGCAGCUUUUCCUCAUGAACCCGCAAGCGAGGUCGCCAUCGCCUCCCACUCCUCAUCACCACCAUCAUCAUCCACCACCAACCUCCUCUUCAACCCUCCAGAUGCUCCUCCCAAACCCAUCUCCCCCGCCUUCCCUCCAAGGGUUCCAUGUGUCCGGCUCAGGCAGUGCCACCCCCAAUUACGGGGCUGGCAUGAUCCCCCCGGCUCAAUUCACUUGGGUCCCUGAUGGCAGCAGCGCAACCGCAGCCCAGCUCAACAACCCUAGCGAGAUCUCUGGGGCGGCGGUCGUGGAGGGCCAAGGCCUAUCGCUGUCGCUAUCGUCAUCACUGCAGCACUUGGAGGCUGCCAAGGCCGAGGAGCUGCGGAUUGGAGACAGUGGCUUGCUGUUCUUCAAUCAAACCGGAGGAGGCGGGUCAGCUAAUUCUUCAGCUUCAGCUUCUGCUGUCGCUGCCUCUGUUCAGUACCAAAAUCAAUUCAAGAACUUGGGAGUGCAUAACUUGCAAAGCCACCACCACCAAGUCCAUGUCGGCUAUGGGUCAUCUCCGUCUUCUUCGUCCCUCGGGGUUGUCAACGUGCUGAGGAAUUCGAGGUACCUCAAGGCCGCUCAGGAGCUGCUGGAGGAGUUUUGCAGUGUGGGAAGAGGCCAGUUCAAGAAGGGCAAGUUUGGGAGGAACACAAGCUCAUCAAACCCUAGCUCAAACCCAAGCAAUAACAACACUGGUAGCGCCGGUGCCGUAGGUGGAGGCGCUUCUUCGUCGUCAUCGAAAGACAUCCCUCCUUUAUCGGCUGCUGAUAGAAUGGAGCACCAGAGGAGGAAGGUCAAACUUCUAUCGAUGCUUGACGAGGUGGAGAGAAGAUACAACCACUACUGCGAGCAGAUGCAGAUGGUGGUGAACAUGUUCGACCUCGUGAUGGGCUACGGGGCCGCAGUCCCCUACACCGCCCUGGCGCAGAAGGCCAUGUCGCGGCACUUCCGGUGCCUGAGGGACGCGAUCGCCGCCCAGCUGAAGCACAGCUGCGAUCUGCUGGGUGAGAAGGAUGGCGCAGGCGGCUCCGGCAUAACCAAGGGCGAGACACCGCGGCUCAAGCUGCUCGACCAGAGUCUGAGGCAGCAGAGGGCAUUUCACCAGAUGGGGAUGAUGGAGCAAGAGGCCUGGCGGCCGCAACGGGGCCUGCCGGAGCGGUCUGUCAACAUACUGCGCGCCUGGCUCUUCGAGCAUUUCUUGCAUCCGUACCCAAGUGACGCUGAUAAGCAUCUGUUGGCUCGACAGACUGGUCUCUCCAGAAACCAGGUCUCGAACUGGUUCAUUAAUGCCAGGGUCCGGUUGUGGAAACCCAUGGUGGAGGAGAUGUACCAGCAAGAGGCCAAAGAUGAAGAUGAGGACGAUGAUGAUCACCAAGCAGAGCGAUCGGAGAGCUCUAGGAACAACAACCUCAGCGCUAGCGGCCAUGCACAAACACCAACGCCUUCCUCCAUCGCACCACCGCCCAUUAAUAACAACACCAACAACAGCAGCAGCAGCAACAACGCAUCAGCAGCGCCAAUGAGAAGAUCCGAAAUCAAUGCCCCUGAAAGCGACCCUUCACUUACACCCACCAUCAAUAUACACGCCUUCCCGGAGACCCAGGCCACCACCACCACCCUCCUCCAGGCCACCACCGCCAUGAUCUCCUCCGCCGUCCAGGCGGCAGGGCCGGCACACAUGAUGGAUGACCCGUGCCGCCGCCCCCCCGGCGGCAUCGGUGCAGACAUCGGGUCCGCGCUCAUCCGGUUCGGGACCGCCGCGGCGGCCUCAGGCGACGUGUCCCUCACCCUAGGGCUCCGCCACGCCGGGAACGCGCCAGAGAAGAGCUCUUUCUCAGUCACCGAUUUGGGCGGCUACUGAUUAGUAAUUAAAUUUUCUUAUUCUCCCCUAUCAUCUUAGCUACCUUCUUGAAAAACAAUUUUAGAAAAAGAAAACCUUCUGUUCUCCUUCCAUUAUCAUUAAUUUAGCUUAAAAAAAAAAAGACAAGAUACAUCAACCUCUCCAAGAAAAACGUCUGUACAUUGUCUUACUAGCUAGUAGGUAGUUCUUGAAUUUCAGCGAACUUCCUAUAUUGUAACACUGUAUAGUAGCUAGAGCAUCAUUAUUUGUCUUUGGGACUAUGACUUCUCUGUGCUCUUUGUGAGCUCUCCAA